GUUGAAGGGAAGUGUUAACUCGUCGGCAUCAUUACUUAUCAUUAUCCACCAAGGUUACCGCGAUGACUUCCAAUUCUUCUCACUACCAACCGGCUUAACCCUCAUCAAUGUCCAUGGCGACAAUUUGAUAUAUGGAAUAUUGUCCUUUUAUACCCUUUAUACCCUUUAUACGUUUAUAUAUUUUUACAUAUCCCCAUCAAAAUAAGCCUAAAACGAACGGCCUUUUUCUUUGUGCGCAAACUCGAAAAUGCCCUCAUCGAACAGCAACCUUGAGAGGUAUUUGUCUCUUGCUUUUGGUUAAAUACGCGGGGCCACGCUUGCUAGUGAGCACAAACACCAUUCGAGCACGUAACCUUUGUGGUUAUUUGUCCAUCCGUCCUUCCCCUCCCUCCCCGCCAUAUUUCAACGUCGCUCCCUUCCUCACCCCUUCACCCCUCCUUCCUUCCUCUUUUUCCUUCUUCCUUCUUCCUUCUUUAUUCUUCAUCUUCCAUCACCAUCUGUCUUCUGCAUCACAAACCACUCAAAGCAUACUUUUUAUUGGCUUUUUGAUUAGUAUUCGCUCUCUUUCUGUACGACACGGCAUUGGUAUUUUGAAUAUGACUUCUCCAAGUCCGGAUGCGCUGCUGCAGCUCCCCGUCGAGAUUAUCCUUGGCAUAGUCAGGCAGCUGGACUGGCAGCCGGGCGAUAUUGGGAGUUUGCUAGGGAGUUCCAAGACAACCAGAUUCAUCCUAAAGAGCCACGAAGAGCAUCUCUCCCAGCAAUUCACAUCCCACCUCUACACGCCCUCCUCAUUAGACCCCAUCCUCGCCUCCACUAUCCCCCCCCAACCCAUCCUCACCCCCCCUCCACCGCCGCAUCGCAACCCAAGCGCACACGCCCGCAAAAAUUCACCCCCCCGCUCCGCUUCCCCUACACCUACCCCUGGACCGCCGAAAUCCACAAACGGAACGCAAUCUUCUGCAUCCUCUCCACCUGUCCCCUCCUCUCUAUCACGCCCCCGCGCCUCCUCUCCCUCUUCGAGACAUCCACCCGUCUCUGCGCCAACUGCCACCACGGGGGGAUCACGGCGUUUAAAAGCCAUGGUCUGAAUACCCUCCUCAAGCUCUCGGAUGCAAGGGUUACUGCACAUACUCCUAUUUCCAGCGACGAGAAAAGCGUAAAUGGCGACGAUCUCGGCCGUCGUGGUCAAGAGGCUUGGUUAGCCCAACAAGAUGCGCUUGCGCUUGCGAGCGUGUUGGCACUUGUCUGGGUUGCAAGCACGGUGUUUGAGUACGGCGAACGCUCAACCUGGGGCGCAGGCGCGUGCGAGCACAACGGUCACGCCGCCUCCGCGACCUCAGGCGCGGCAGAGAGCAGUGAUGGCAGUCUCGUGGAGCGACAAUGCAUAUACCGCGAGAUGGCUUUAGCUC